AUGAAAAUAAUAAAUGGAAUGUUGUUUCUCAGGAUAUUUGCUAUUUCAAGUAUACAUUUACUAAUGGUGUAUGCGAACGAAUUAAGUGACUACUGGAAGGCUUUUAAUAAUUUAAAGGAUUGCUUGGACACGCUGAAUGUUACGUACCAAUUGGGUGUAAAGCUGACAGGAUCACUAGUCGUUUUACCAGUAGGCGAAUUCGAUAAAGAUAUUGUGUUUGAUGAUUAUGGUAGAUGUCUAGGUAGGCACAAUACUACAUUAGUGGUAUAUGGUGCAUAUUCAAAUAAUACGCAAGUGGAAGAAUUAACAUGUGAUACCAAUAGAUGUAAUGGUAUAGGGCCACACUCUGACCCAGUAAUACCUAAUUCUGCGCUUAGGAGACAACGCUUCAGAAUGUUAAAGCUGAUAGGGCCUGGAGACACUAUUAGAUGCAGUGUUCUUUGA